UUUCAAUUUAUUUUCAUAAAUUUCUUUCGAUCUAAUUAAGGAUAAUAAUACAAGACGUGCACUAUUAUCAAAAAGAGAUAUAUCCAGGAAAGAUUGAAGAGUGUGAAUUCACAGUUUACUAACACUAUUUACUUUAAUUUAUUUUAAUUUAUCAAAGUGAGAAGUAAUGGUAUAAUCAACACAAGGUUAUAUUCCGAUACGAUAGACGCGUAUGUUGGGAAGAGCAUUCUUGCUUGCGUUUGUAGUUCGUACUUUGUCCAUACGCGUCGCUGAAGCCGUAUGUACGCUUCAGCGAAACAGCCUUAAUCUUUGGAUAGUAAUUUCAUUCAUAUAAUAUUCUUCCUAAUAUUAUUAUCUGAUAAAAGUUUAUUAUAUAUUUUUACGUUGGUGUUAAUCGGUGGAGUUUGAUACAUUUUGAUGGUAGCUCGUCGAAUGUAUCGUCGAUGGUACCAAAGUACUGUCAACUAUAUUUUUCUUUUCAUUUCCAUGAAAUACCGUUAUCUUUAUUUCUCAUAAAUAUCAUUUCAAAGCCACCUUUAUACCUUGGAAUGUUUACAUUCUAAUGAAUAUUUAUGAGGCUUUCGGAGGAUCGCUUAGGUCUUUCAUGUGGAGAUUGCUGCAUACAGAGAUCCUGCUAUUUAUAAAAACAUAUUAUAGAUUUAAGAAGACUUUAAUUUAUUUCAUCAAAACAUUAAGAUUUAGUCGUGUCGGGGUAUUGAUCGUUACUCGCAAUGAGACGGGACGAUUGAUGUCUUAACUGCGAUUAAGAGGUUAAACAAUCGAGAGUUCGUUGUUUACUUGAUAAGUAUUUUUAUAAUCGCUUGAUGUUUUCUAACGACUUUGCGAUCUUACGAAAGGUUUUAUUUUUCAAAGAUAUGGACUGUUUCGACGACGAUAUAUUUGAAUUUAGUGACAAAGAUGAAGAUGCUUCCAUUUCUAAAACCACAUCUCAUAAGGAAUUUAAUCCCAUCGAGGAACAUCUUGUAAAACAAUUAGAUUCAAUAAAGAAUAGAAUAGAUAAAGCAAAAAAUGAAUUGGAAGAAACGAAAGAAACGGUUCGGCACAUCACAAAUAAUUUACUUUACAAAGCUGUCUUUGGCCAAGAUAAGAAUGUCGAUUCAGACAACGAUUUAUACACUGUCGAAGGAGAGCCUGUAUUAAUAGAAAAACACGAAGAAGACAAACCCUGCGAUUUUUUGGUCUUGAAGGAACAAUGGCAAUAUGUUCUUUUUGAUAAAUGGAUAUUAGGCGUAGUGCUACAAAAUGUAUCGUUUCAAACGUUAAACGAGCUCAGAUUUUAUGCCUUACCGAAAGGUAUCAGCGAGAUUCACGGCUUCGUUUCAGCUUUCUGGGAAGAGGAGAACGAUCUUUGGAAGAGGAUUAACUUGAUCUCCUCGAAGAGGGACAACGUCGUAGCCACACUUGUUCUCGAUCCCUUGGAUUUUAAUGAAAACACGAUCGUCGAGAUAUACGGCACGAUAUCCUACGAGAACUUGGAUAUGGAAUUGCAGAUAGCCAUACCGGUCGUUACUUUCACGUCCCACGAUAUUCUACGUGGAACCUAUAAAUUAAACUAUUCGGAACACCCGAAAUACACGGUGUUAGCGUUGAAAAGUAUCUUCGUUGAGACGAUCCUCGAGCUUCCAUAUCAAUUUGAUUCAGAAAAUUUUAUUAAUCUUUUGCGAUGUCUCGAUGCCAAGAAAAUUUUGAAAAAUAUUUAUUGCAUCGAGAACACCGAAUGUUACGCCAUUAUAGAAACUUUAUCGGCAAAUAAAAUAACGAUAUUGGCGAAAACAAUGUCACGAUUGAAUUUAAUCCUGCGUAGGAUACAAGAGGAAUCCUCGAUUCCUAUUACGAGACUCGAGGAAUCCAGUUACGUUGAAGAAGCGGCGGAGGCUUUGAUAGAAGAAUUGGAAAUGUAUCUCGGUGAUCUCAAUCUUGCGAGAAUCCAAAGGGCAAGGAUAAAGAGCGACCUGCUUAUACCGUGAUCGACGAGUGUACGACGAAAUUACGUAUCUUGAGACGUCUGUUAAAUCGUACGAAUCGUUUAACCACCCCCCGUUCUUUCGAUUUUAUCGAAUAACAAAGCACCUCUAACGUUUGGCAUUUCUCUCAAAAGAUUUUUUAUUAUCCUUUUUUUGUUUUUUUUGUUUUUUUUUUUUCCAAUAAAUUAAGAAAGAAAGAAGGGAUAAGACCCGAAGGGAUAAGGCUAGAGGAUAAAAGAAUUCAAAACCUCUAAAGAAUUUCGAUUUUAUUUUUGCAAAUUUUACGUACGUACGUAUGUACGCACGUAUGUAUAGGUGUACGUGUGUGUGUGUGUGUGUGUGUGUGUGUGUGUGGUGUGUGCAUGCGUGAGUGUGUAUGUGUGUGUGUGUGUGUGUGUGUAUGUGAUACGUUUAUAUCGCAUCUAUACGGUGAAACGUAGAUAAUAUAUUUUCUUGGAGCCGGACAUGAUGCUGAACACGACAGUGCACUCGGCCAAUCAAUGAUCGUGAAUUGUAAUGCUGCUAUUUUUUUAUUUCAUUCUUCUUUUAUUUCUUUUCUUUUCAUUAAAUUUUCUUUUCUUCCUUCGUUUUCUUGUUCUUUCGAGAAGAUAAUCUAGAGAAGUCGAUUAAAAAGGUUUGAUAUCGUAA